GGCGAUACCUUCUCUAGCGAAACGCUGUAAAAGGCUUUGUAACACAUCUUUCAUGCCUUAUCGUCACUUUGAAAUUGACUCUUAAUAUAAGUAUGUGAUCACUCAACCGGUAAUCUUGUAUUUCCUCCCCCCAAUCUAGCAACCGACCUAACCGAAAACAUUCUGCAACUCAUAUUGGUGGAUAGUUGCAUGAAAAUUCGCCAUCGGCUCUGUGUCGGCGACUAUUCCAUGCAUGUUCCCGUUGAUUAUUAUCCAGUACGGAGGCAUGUCGUUCAUGGUCGUUUCAUAGGUUAGCAGCUCGUUCACUAUGAUAGUUAAAAGAAUACCACUUCUCUUUUUUCUCUUCCAUACCUAAAUCCUCUAUACAUUCUUUUUAACACAUGUCCUCGGUAUUCAAAACAUACACACACACACACACAUACACACACAUACAAGCCAGCUAGACAUAAUGGAUAACGCCUCUGCUGCCAACGCUCCGAGUUCGUCGGCGUCAGGUCCCUGCACAGUAAAUAGCCCGCAUCAGCCACAUGCAUCUACGUCUUCCGUGCCGAACAACCCCCUUCCUUCGCCAGCGAGAAAGCGUCGGGCCUUAGGAUUAGGAGAGGAAGAGAGGCUGGCUAAACGCUCCAGAAGAACGACGAAUAAUCUGUUGGAGAACUCCCGUGUACUUACCGACUCCCAUAUCAAAAUGAUUGAUGUCAUUACUCAAUUGAGAUCCAACUUCAUCUUCUUCCAGGAGCGUCUUGCACAGAUGCUCCCCGAGAAUUCUUCCAUGGUUCACAACCCAGAAAUUCAUAUCGGCCGGCGUAUAGAGCUGGCAACUUACGCCGACGCUCUCUCUCAAGAUUUUGCUGAUUCUAUCAAAUUCAUGUACAAUUUUCUCGACUCGACUAAAGUUUGGAGUGAUCUCGUCGACCACUUGGGACGUUUAUGCUUGCCUAUAGGAUUUUGGGUCGACAGGGCAAUGAACUUACGUGGCCAGAUCUCUAUUCCCGAUUUCCCGACAGCCUUAGUUGAGAUGCUCGAAGAGGUAUGGCUACUUGACGAUACAUACCCAGAGCACUUUUGUCGUUUGUCGCCAGAAGGCCGUAGCCGAUUCCUGAAGUUCUUACUCGCCAGUACCGUCGGCCAUGACCGCCAAGACCAAUUGAUACAAGUCGAACAGCUGCAUCGUGUUGGGGCCUACAGUUAUGUUGCUGAGUAUGACAUUCGGCCAGUUUCCGCUUGGGCGACCGAGAAAUUCGACUUUCAAGAGUUGCCUAAUGAUGAGUUCAGUGAUGAUGAAUCCGACUAGCUUCUUGACGGGGAAUCUGCCAUUGCGGCCCAACCAGGCGAAGCAUAACGGUGUUGAUGCAAUUGUGUCAGAUACACAUUUCCUUCUAAUUAUCUCCUUCUUUCGAAUGCCUUCUUAUCACGUGGAAACUGUACGAAUAUUUCCAC